GCGGCGCUGGCGCGGCCCGAGCGCGGCUGUCGGAGCGAGCCCAGGCAGCGCGAGGCAAGCAGGCAGGCAGGCCGGCGGCAGCGGGCGGAGGCCGCUUGGCCAUCUUGCAGACUGUAAGGACCACAUAGCCACAGAUUUGAGGUGUAAUUGGAAUCGCCUGGGGCUUGAUUGGAAUACUAUUGGGGUUUUGGUCAUCCCAUCUGGAUUUCUUAGCAGUCUGGGUUCCAUCUCAUCUCCAUUGUCCUGCUCCCCACUCCUACAUAUAGGAUGAGAAAUGUGCGCACAAGAAUUUUUCCAGGCUCAGCGGAGCCAGUUGGUGGGGAGGCUGGCCUUAAGGUCUUUGGAGAACUUUGAAAGUAUCUUGGACUAUCUGCUGUCUUGGGAAGUGCUUACUUGGGAGGAUUAUGAAAGCGUAAGCCUCCCUGGGCAGCCCCUGUCCACUUUGGCUCGACGCCUCUUGGAUAUCAUUUGGAAUAAGGGUGGGCAAAGCUGUGAGUUGCUCUUUGCUGCGGUGCGGAAGGCAGAGGAGGCAGAGGAGCAAACAGAACCACCGAGGCUGUGGAGUCAGAAUGUGGCCUCUCCAGCCCAGGACCUGCAGAGACAUAGGCCAGUGAUUGUCAGGAAAAUCUGUGGCCAUGUGGAAGGCAUUUUAGACCUCUUACUUGAACGUGGUUUCAUCACCAAGUAUGAAUGUGAUGAAAUCAGAUUGCCAAUAUUUACGUCAUCUCAGCGGGCAAGAAGGCUCCUUGAUUUUGCAAAAAUAAAAGAAAAUGGAGUGGCCCAGUUUCUCCUCCAACAUGUCCACCAGUUGCCUGUCCUGCCAGCUCCAUUCCCUGAUGCUGCUGCCUGCCGGAGGUACCGGGCCAAGCUGAAGGCCACGCUGUCGGCGCAGUCUCGCUUCCUCAGCACCUACGACGGCUCCGAGAACCUCUGCCUGGAAGACAUAUACACCGAGAACGUCCUGGAGCUCCGGAAGGGCGGCGGCGGCGGCGGGGCGCCGGGCCAGAGGGGCUGCGACACGGUGGGGCUGCCCGACAUCUUCUCGGACAGCGGCUGCGACAACGAGCACGCUGACACGGUGCUGCUGGUCGGGGAGGCCGGCAGCGGGAAGAGCACGCUUCUGCAGCAGCUCCACCGCCUGUGGGCCACGGGCCGCCUCUUCCAGCGCUUCCUCUUCGUUUUCCCCUUCAGUUGCCGGCAGUUGCAGGCCGUGGACAAGCCGGUCUCGGUGAAGACCUUGCUCUUUGAGCAGUGUUGCUGGCCGGACGAGGGCCAGCAGGAGGUCUUCCAGUGUCUUCUGGAUCACCCCGAGCGGGUCUUGAUCACUUUUGAUGGGUUUGAUGAGUUCAAGUUCAGGUUUACGGACGGGGAGACGCACUGUUCCCCCACUGAGCCCACCUCCGUGCAGAAUCUGCUCUUCAACCUCCUCCGCGGCAAUCUCAUGAAGAGUGCCAGGAAGGUGCUGACCAGCCGGCCCCACGCCGUCACCCCUUUCCUCAGGAAGUACGUCCGGAAGGAGCUGGGCCUGAGGGGCUUCUCCCAGGAGGGCAUAGAGCUGUUCAUGAGGAGGCACCACAGCGAGCCGGGGCUGGCCGAGCGGAUCGUGCGCCUGCUGAAGGCCACCUCGGCGCUGCACGGCCUGUGCCACGUGCCCGUCUUCUCCUGGAUCGUGUCCAGGUGCCACAAGGAGCUCCUCCAGCGCGGCUGCGGCUCCCCGAAGACCACCACGGACAUGUACCUGCUGAUCCUGCGGCACUUCGUGAUGCACAACUCCCCGGGCGCCGCGGCCUGGGGCCCGGGCGCCGCGGCCUGGGGCCCGGGCGUUCCCUGCCUUCGGCCCUGGCUGCCCACCAUCCUGCGCCUGGGCAGGCUGGCCCUGUGGGGCCUGGGGACUUGCAGCUACGCGUUCUCUGCAAAGCAGCUCUGGGCACGCGGGGUGGAGGAGGAGGACCUCUCCCUGGGCUUCCUGGUGCGCUCCAAGAGCUUCUCCCAGGAGAGCGCGCCUUCCCUGGAGUUCCUGCACAUCACGCUGCAGUGCUUUUUUGCUGCUUUCUAUCUGCUGCUGGGUGCCGACGUCCGCGCCUCGGCGCUCAGGCACUUGUUCCACCGCCGCGAGCAGCCCGGCCGGUCGCUGGCCCGGCGGUUCCCGGUGUCCUGUCUCCGGGCCCCUGAGCCCGCGGAGGCGGAGGAGGCGGCGGCGAGCGUCUCGGGCCUCCUGCAGAAGGCCGAGCCCCACAACGUGCAGAUCACCGCCGCCUUCCUGGCGGGCCUGCUGUCCCGGGAGCACCGCGGCCUCGUGGCCCCGGGCCAGGGCGCCCCCGGGCCCCUUCCGCGGAAGCAGAGCCUGGUGCGCAGGAGCCUGGCGCUGGCCCUCAGGAGGCACUUCCGGGCCAUCCCGCCCGCGGUGCCUGGGGAGGCCAAGAGCAUGCACGCCAUGCCCGAGUUUGUCUGGCUGAUCCGGAGCCUCUACGAGAUGCAGGACGAGCGGCUGGCGCGGGAAGCCGUGAGCAAGCUGGGCGUGGGGCACCUCAAGGUGACCUACUGCAACAUCGGCCCCGCCGAGUGCGCCGCCCUGGCCUUCGUGCUGAAGAAUCUCCAGCGGCCCGUGGCCUUGCAGCUGGACUACAACGCGGUGGGCGACGCCGGGCUGGAGCAGCUGCUGCCGUGCCUGCCCGUCUGCCAGGCGCUCUACUUGAGAGAUAACAACAUUUCGGACCUGGGAAUCUGCAGGCUGGUUGACCAAGCUCUUCAGUGUGAACAAUUUCAGAAGCUCGCGUUGUUCAAUAACAAGCUGACAGAUGACUGUGCUCACUCUUUGGCCACCCUUCUCAAGUACAAGCAGAACUUCUUGGCACUGAGGUUGGGGAACAACCACUUUACUGCAGUAGGAGCCAAGGUGUUGGCUGAAGGUCUCAAAGGCAAUGAUUCUCUUCAGUUUUUGGGGCUCUGGGGCAAUAAAGUGGGAGACGAAGGAGCCAGGGCACUUGCAUCUGCUCUGCAUGAUCACCCCAGCUUGAAGUGGCUCAGCCUGGUGGGGAACAACAUUGGCAGUCUGGGUGCCCAGGCUUUAGCUCUAAUGCUAGAGAAGAACGUGUCACUGGAGGAACUCUGCCUUGAAGAGAACCAUCUCCAAGAUGAAGACAUGUGUGUCCUGGUGCGUGGACUUAAGAAAAAUUCAAGUUUGAAAGUCCUUAAGCUUUCCAACAACAGCAUUACUCUUCAAGGUGUUUCUGUCCUCCUUCAAGUUCUGGAAGGUAAUGCCACUAUCAAAUCAAUCUGGCUCAGAGGGAACAUUUUCACUACAGAAGAAAUUGAACAGCUCAGCAUCAUGGAUGCCAGACUUUUGCUUUGAUCACCAAGAGCUAAUUUGUUUGGGGAGUUUUGAGUUUAGAUCUUAUAUACCAGGAAAUUUGGUUUGAUGCAGAAUCAUGACAUACAGAUUGAACUCUAUUCUCCCCCAUUCCUGUAGAUUGGAGCAGUAUUUGACAUCUGAAGAUCAUUCUCCAAACUUAUUUCCAUCAAACCUUUCCCAUAUUCCGUUGCUGGAUUGUAAACUGACAUUUGAGUGACAUAAUCCAAUGAAUCCCUCUGGAGAUUGGUGGGCAUCUCUUAGGUGGAUAAUAUAUGUUCUUAUGCUUCACCUUUUCGAGGCAGGGGGUUAUAAAUUCUGUUAGCUUUAAUAGAGUGUUUGCUAUUGUACACGAUACUGUAGUACACAAGAAAAUACUGCCUGUUUUUCAUUAAAUGCAAGAGUUGGGAGAUGGUGAUGAAGCUGAAGGAAGGGCUAAUUUCCCUAUUCAGUUCUAAAAUUGCCACAAAAUUAGUAAUUUGGGGGUCAUCCUGGAAUAAACUGGCUAUAAUUCAUUUGUGAAGGGCAAAACUAUGUGAACUGAACUACAUCAAAUUUCUUUUAAAUCAUAUAAAAUGUCCAUAAAUAGAUGGAAUCUUUGGAAACAGACUCAUCAAAUUGCAGCAUUUUAAAGUCACUUAAGGACUGAAUUUUGAGAGGUGUCAGAUGGUUUUCUAAUUUGAUGCCUUUGGAUUUUUGUAUGUGAAAUGAGCUCUGCUGAGAUUUUUUUUUUUUUUUUUUGGAUAUGAAUUCUGAAGCAGAUCUCUGGCAAUUGUUUUUCUGUUCUGGGAUUGCUAGUAGUAGAAUAUUUAUGUUUGCCUAGUUGUAUAUAAAAAACUUCCUGGAAGGUUCUGUAAUUUCUUUCAGCAUGGAGAGUUCCUGGUGUGAGAACUCUAUCCAUUAACACAGUCUAUGCCUUAGUCACCGCCUGAGACACAAAGGUAAAAUGACUUGUUCCAAAAAGCUAGGAGAUGUCAAGGGUGAGAUCUGAACCUAGGACUUCAAAUCCAGUACUCUAUUCACUAUGCCAGGCUGACUGUAUGGAGAGCUUACAGGUCAACCCACAAAUAAAUUAUGUAGUGCGUGCUAUGUUGUAGAUAGUGUGCAAGGUACUGGGGAUGCAAAGACAAAAAUGAAUGGGCCCUGCUCAAGGAGCUUGUGAUCUAUCAGGUGCAAAAUAAGACGCUGACUAUUAAAAACUACUGUCAUAACUCUUUAUUUUUCUGGAACUACAACUUGGAGAAAACACUGAUUGGGGGAGGAUAGGCUAUUCAUAUUUUUAAAGCACUUCCUAUUUUCUCAAAAUUUGUAUUUUUAUAGAAAAUGUGACUGUGAACUUUUAUAUAAUUAUUAAGCUAUAAGUAUAUAUGAUAUUAAAAUAUUUUGUCAGUAAAACUGCCUUUUUCAUAAAUAAGACUUUUAUAAAUACAUGUGAAAUAUUUUAUUUAAGAAAGAAUGCUUAGGAAUACCUCUGGCAAGCAAACACACAUCUUUUAGCUAAGAAAAUCAAAUGUAGCACAAAUUCCCAACGAGCUAUGUGAGGAGAAUUUUGCUAAACAUAGGCUGAAAGUAAAAUUGCAGGCAAAUUAGAUAGAGCCUCUGCAUCUCACUAUGUGGAAAAAAGUGGCUGAAGACACUUUUGACAGGAAAAAAUGUGGAAAGUUUUAGUCUGUUUCUUUUCUGUAGGUACUUAAUUGAAGUAACCUCUUGCUACUGCCCCCACAGAAACAAUUACUUUCAGCACUGAGGGAGCCAAGGCUCUUUUGUCACUAGCUUGAAUAAAAUACUUUGGGCUUUGUUAUUUUGUUUAAGGAAGGUAUCACAAACAUUAGAACACUUUUAGAGAGACUGAAGAUAAUGGUUUCUCUGGGAUUCUGAUAGAGACAUUUAUUUUGGAGGAUGAUGGGAAGAGAUGAAAGAAAUACUUUGUGAUUUUUUUUUUAAGUUUAAUUUUCAGUUC